GUAAUAGAGGAACGUGCGAAUUGGAACGCCGCGUCGAUCGUAUGUGUUUUCGAUGUAUCGUGCAAAUGGCGGCUCUCGCGAUGGUUUCUGAAUCAUUUUUCGGAUAUUAGACAUACGAAUUAUAUGCAAUUUGCGAUAAUUAGUGGAAUAGAUACGUACUAUUGGUGUUGAAAUUUUAAAAAAUUUAUUGUAAACAUGGUGAAGCUGCUAAAGAAGUUUUUUGCCGGUGACAAAGUUUUUGCGAAAGUUCGUGGUUACCCGCCAUGGCCAGCUAAAGUUGAAAAGGUUACGGACCCUAACUCCAAAAAUGCUAAAUAUAGCGUUUACUUUUAUGGUACAGGUGAAACUGCCGUAUGUAAAGUUGAAGAGCUAUUUACCUAUACCGAAAAUAAAGCAAAGUUUGGUAAUAAAGCAUUACGAAGAAAAUUUUUUCAUGAAGGUUUACAACAACUUGAACAAGAAUUGAAAAAUGAAAGAAGUAAAGCUACUGCAGAUUUAGAUGAUUUACAAGGUUAUUCUGAUGUUAUAGAAUCAGAUAUGGCAGAAGAAGCUGGUACAAAAAGUAGCGAUGUAGCUUCGGAAUUACCCACAGCUAGCGCAAUGGAUAGUGACAUGGAGUCUGGAUCUUUAAUAAUCGAUGAAGGAGAUAAAAAGAAAUCUUUAAAGAGAAAACCUUUUUCUACAACAUCUAAUAAUCCAGAAACGCCUGAAUUAAAAAAGAAACGCGGGAAGGCAAAGGCUUUAUCGACAUCAACAAGUGACACUUCAAAACAAGAAUCAUCUCUUGAUUCUCAAGGGGAGGAAUCGCCUAAAGAAAUCGUUAGCCGCAGUGGACGAAAAAUAAAACCAAAACGUUUUGCAGAUUUCUCAAGUUCUGAAGAAACGGAAGGUGCUGAUAAAAGUGAACAUUCUGCCAGAGGACGCGGCAAAAUUAAAAACGAUGAUUCUAUGGAGCAUAUAUCUUCUGCUGGAAGUUAUAAGAAGAGAACUGUGACCACGGAAAAGAAAAAUAGUAUUGGCGAAACAUCGUUGAUGGAAGGCACUACGGUUUCCAAUCCUACGUCUACCGAAAUACCAGGUCGAUUUCUUCUUGCGCGAACGUUCGCUGGUGAAUACGUGGGCAUUAAAUUAGACGUAGACAGACCAAAAUCGUUUGUUAGCGAAAGCGCUAGAACGCAAUGGGAUUGGACUACAGCUCGAAACGCAAUGAAGCUAAAAGCUCAAUUAGAAAGCGGUGAAAUUUUACCAGAGCAAGUCAAAGAAUCAUUACAUUGUAAUAUAUAUGUGCCAGAAGAUGAAAAACGUCUGUUGGAAAAAGAUGGUAAUAUUCAUCCGCAAACUUACAAAUUAAGAUGGCUUCGUAUGGAAGCACUGUUGUUACAAUUGGAUGCUCAAAUAAAAUCUAAUCUUGGUUUGGAACGGGCUAAUGCUGACAAAUGUUUAGAAGCGAUGGAUGAAGUAUUGUCUCUUUCUCUUGAUCCGUUAAUGUUAAAAAAGCAUCCACAUAUUGUUGAAACUGUGAAAAGGUUAAGGCGAUAUGUUGGUAACUUAACUGUCUGGAAAUUGAGCAAAGAAGACGAGGCUAUUUUCAAACAAAAGGCAGAACAAAUAAGACAGAAAGCAGAGCACAUAUACAACAAAUUUAAGGCCAUGUUCACUAUACCAGAGGGACAGUCGUUUUGGCGAUCAUUUUCUGCUCAAGUGAGCCAUUUCAAAGAAUUAACGAAAGAUAUGUCCCUAGAAAAAGUUUUCUCCUUGCUGUCUGAUCCUACUUGUCCAGAUGCUGGUAUAUCGGAGGAUACACCUGCGGAUGAUAGUGGCAGUCAAGCAGAUACAGACGUUACAGUGAAAGUAGAAUCGGAACAAGUACCUAUCAGAUUUGAAAGCCCUAAAGAAACAGAAACCAAGUAAUAUACAUACAUUUCGUAUGAUAUAAAAGGUGAACGUAGUUCACUUUGUUUUCUGCAGUACUAUACUAUACAAGACAGCAGAGUGUUUGAUUAAGGGAGUAACCUUUGCAUGUUUGAAAAUAAUCUAUGUGGAUAAAUUUUCCUACUGCAAUAAUUCUAUGGGUUUGCAUGAAAUUUCUAAUGAAUUCCCUUUGGUGUUAUUAUAAAACUACCAGAACGUGCACGUGUCAGAAUAUUUACAAUUGCAGGUCGGUGAUGUAAAUGACACUCAUGCUGCCAAAAAUAUUUAAUCGACACAAAUUAUAUAAAUUAGAAAAAUGAAUCACCUUUCUAUAAUAUGUAAAGGUUUCUUAGCCUUUGUGAAUGUAAUUUAUCUUCACAUCGUGUUUUGAUCGUACCAAAGUAGAAUUUUCACAGUAAUCAUUCAUAGUAAGACGGCGAUCAUCUUUACUUCAUAACUACGUUUCUUUCAGAUUAUCGAUGUAAAUACAGGAAUACAUAAUUCAUGUUACACAUUUACACUGUACUGACAGGCAAUGAAUGAUGCAAAAGUAAAAUAAUUGUACAAUGCGUUUAAUGCGUUCCAUUGGAAUGCCAUCAAUGUAUCGACUUAUUGCGAGAAACGAUUUUUAUCCUUUUGAAAUUCAUGUUUCUAUUGCACUUUAAAGGCAAAUUUACGUUGUCCGAGCAAUAAGAAAAUUCUAUGUUUUUUUCAGUAUAACGCUGAUGAUACUUCGAAACAUUUCUCGAUAUAUUUUAAAGUCUGUUACUUUAGGUAUUCUUACAAGUAGUUAUAGAUAAAUGUUGGAUUAUUAGUUGUAGAAGGUAUGACUAUACGUAGCAAUAAAUUUAUGAUCGAUAUAAAAACAACACGAACAACAACGUACGAGUUAUGGGUAAAUAUUUUGAGUUUACUAUAUUGUUCUUAUAACGCAGGUACUUCAUUCGAGUGAAAUUAAAUCGUUAUCGAUUUACAAUAUAAUUAUAUAUGUAGAGAUACAUAGAAAAAUGUUUCUCACUAAACCUCUUAAAUUUGUUAUUAAUAAUUGCAAUUGAUUUCAAAAAUGUUAAAAGUCGACAGACGUCUUGUGAUUUAUAUCGUUCGUUUUAUAAUACGAGAAUAAUGGUAAGCUCCUAAAGUUGAUUACAUUAUAAUUAAAUGUGUUUAAUAAUAAUAAUAAUAAUAAUAAUAAUAAUAAUAAUAAUAAUAAUAUUAAUAUUAAUAAUAAUAAUAAUAAUAAUAACAAUAAUAAUAGUAUACAUGUAAUGAGAGGUAAAAUUGAUUUAGUUCGGAAUAAUUGUGAAGAUACUCUUAAGCAUCUACAAAAAAAUAAAAAAAAAAGAAGUAGUAUUUCUUUUGAAAAAUAUAAGUUACCGACAAAAAAUUUGUCUUGCUUCAAUUUUUGUACAAAUAGAAAUUAUUCAAAUAUAACAUAUCAAAAAUAUAAUUAAGUUUGAUUUUAUGAAUAUUGAUUUUGUUUUAUUUUUUAAAAAGAAAAAGAUAAGUAAGCGAUUGGAAAGAUACGAACGAUAAAUUGUUACGAUCGACAUAAAGGUGCGAAAAAGUAAAUUCUUGUUUCCCGAAUGAGUAUAUUUUUUAUAAAUUACUUUUAAUAAAGAGGGUUUGUGUGUCGAACGUUCGAGAAAUGUUCGUAUACGACCAGACGGUAUCUUACGCUAAGAUUAUGUACACAGUUUUUUAAACUUUAAAUAUUAAAAAUUUAAUAUAACACUUGCCGACGAAAUCAUCGACGAAAAUCGCCGGGCUGUAAACGGUGGUCUUUGAAGUGCAUUGAAAACAUUAUUCAUUUGUACUAUCCUUGCAAUGUACUUUUACAAUAAUUUAUAUCGAUUCGUUUAAACUGAUCGAUCUUUUAGUUUUCAUACGGUAGAAUCGCACCGAGUUUGUUUUCAAACAUCGAAGAUAAAAACUUCGCGUGUUUAUUGUAAAAUUAUCUCGUUACGAUAAAAGAAAAUGUUUAUUUCAAAUGUAUUUCAAAUAUUUCAAAUAAAAAAUGUUACAAGGUA